AUGCCUAACAAACCGAAAAAGGAGAAAGAACCAUCGAAAAAGACUGGUAAUGGAAAGAACGGUAAAGAUAAUGUUGACAACGGUGACGAAAUGAAUAAAUUAAAUACGAAUUCGUCGCAACCUCAGCAGCAACAGUUUUUAUCACCAGGAGGUAGUGUCCCACCUCCCACCCAGAUUAAUAAAAUCAAGUCUCCUGGUACCCCUCAUAUUAAAAAAGACAAGAGACAAUCAUCUUCAAGAUUCAACAUAAGCAAAAAUCGAGAGCUUCAGAAACUGCCUUUACUCAAGGAUGCUACCAGCAAUGAAAGAGAGGAGACCUUACCACCUUCGAGCAAUCCAAACGGAGCUGAAUUUGAUCCAGAAGAAGAUGAACCGACUCUGGAAGCUGCAUGGCCACAUCUGCAAUUGGUAUAUGAAUUUUUUCUGCGAUUUUUAGAAUCACCAGAUUUUCAACCCAAUAUUGCUAAAAGGCACAUUGAUCAGAAAUUUGUUUUGCAAUUGUUAGAGCUCUUUGAUUCUGAAGAUCCUCGUGAAAGGGAUUUUCUUAAGACUACAUUACAUAGAAUUUAUGGUAAAUUUCUUGGAUUAAGAGCCUACAUAAGAAAACAAAUAAAUAAUAUUUUUUAUCGCUUUAUAUAUGAAACUGAACAUCACAAUGGAAUAGCAGAACUCUUGGAAAUUUUGGGUAGCAUUAUUAAUGGUUUUGCCUUACCACUCAAAGAGGAACAUAAAGUAUUUCUGUUAAAGGUUCUUUUACCUUUACAUAAAGUGAAGUCAUUAUCGGUGUAUCAUCCACAGUUAGCAUAUUGUGUUGUUCAGUUUUUAGAAAAAGAUCCUUUGCUCACUGAACCAGUUAUAAAAUCAUUACUAAAAUUUUGGCCUAAAACCCAUUCUCCUAAGGAAGUAAUGUUUCUUAAUGAACUUGAAGAAAUACUUGAUGUUAUUGAACCUGCAGAAUUUCAGAAAGUUAUUGAUCCAUUGUUUAGACAGCUGGCCAAAUGUGUAUCUAGCCCUCAUUUUCAGGUGGCAGAAAGAGCAUUGUAUUAUUGGAACAAUGAAUAUAUUAUGUCUCUGAUUAGUGAUAAUGCAGCUGAAAUUUUACCCAUUAUGUUUCCAUCUUUGUAUCACAAUUCAAAGUCUCAUUGGAAUAAAACUAUUCAUGGUUUGAUAUAUAAUGCACUAAAAUUGUUUAUGGAAAUGAAUCAAAAAUUAUUUGAUGAAUGUACACAGCAGUAUAAACAAGAACGACAAAAAGAGAAAGAACGUCAGAGAGAUCGGGAUGAAGCAUGGUCUCAGGUGGAAGUGUUAGCAAUGCGAAAUCCUGGGUAUGCUCCAUCACGUACAAAUAGCAUUGAUAAUAGCAUGGGGGAUUUGGGGUCUCCUGGAGAUGAUGCAGCUCUUGAUAUUACCUACGAAAAAUUAGAAGCUGAAGCUAGAGAGGUUCAGAAAGUGCGAAAUAAAGAUAAACCAUUUCUCCGGCGAAAAUCUGAACUCCCUUGUGAUACAUACACAAUGAAAGCACUUAAUGAUCACAAGCGUGCUGAUGAAUUUCUUCUUACUCCACCAGAUGUUAAUAAGUGCUAAAUAGAGGGCUUUUGCUUGUAAUUGACUUGCAGAAGCAUGCUGCAGUAAACAGGGCAUGCAAUUUUACUGCCAGCUGAAUUACCAAAUUCUUCUGGUAGUAUAUUUAAUUAUUAUAUACUAAGAAUAAAGGCUUCUUGUGUCAGUUGCUGCCAUCUAUGCAGUACAUAUGAAUCAGAUAGUUGCAAUAUAUAUUAAAGGUCAGUUAUGAAGUAAUAUUAGCAGAGUAACUAGCUGAUUCAUGAAUAAUAUUGCAGUAUAAUAUAAACAUUAGUUAUGUACUGUGACUGGUAAGUUGUAUAAUUUAACUGCGUUAGUUAAGUACUCUGACUGGCAAGCUGUACAUUUAACUACCCUGUAGACACCUUUAUAUAUACCCAGUGCAUAGCUUCUAUGAUAUAUGGUCAGCUCUUACUGCAUGCUGCCUCAUUGAAGUGCAGUGUCCAUUGAUGAUGAACUCUGGUGUAAUCAUUAUUGCAAGAAUGUUAUAAAUGUAUAAUUAAUCUCAAGUCACAUAAUUUUUUAGGUUAUCAAUGAUGCUUCCAUUUUGCAUUGGACUCUUAUUAGGUUAGAAUUAAGUUGCUAACUGUAAGCUCUUCAUCCAAUCAUUAACCUGUUCAGGGUUCAUUACUGUAAAAAUAUAUAUUACCCGUGGCAUAGCUGUCCUGUUUAUGAUUUGGCCUUAUAUUGUUCCAGUCAAAAUCUGGACGUAAACAUAAUAUCUUUGUAAAAUACUGGGAAAUUGAAGUUAUUUACAAAUAUUGUAAACAUUGUUAUGAUGUGUUUGCAAAAAUGCUCCGUGAAUUGUGAGAUGCUGCUGCUUAGUGUGGUUGAACAUCUUGUAUUUGUAUAUGUGCUAACACAUGUUAAAAAAAGUAUGCCUUCAGGAUCAAAGUGUAAAUUAGAUCUACAAGAGGGAAAGCUGUUUGUUAAAUAUAUUUGUUGUGCAUCUUGUAUAUUUUACAUGAGGUAGAUACUAUUAUUGGUUGGUCUUAAGGGUGCCAUACCAUCAAACAUUGGUCAGUUUUGUGUACUUUAUAUUACUUAAUGUGUUGAACUGUAAUUACCAUGUUUGUUGGUUUGUGGCAGUACUGAUUUAUCCUUUUUUAUUUUGGAAUUAAUGUGUGUGAUAAUUUGUGUUGAAAGCCCAUUUUUUAUCUUGCAGAGAAUUUGUUUCUUUGAGCAUGGGAGAGUAAAUACAUGUAAUGGAGGGUCAAGUAACGUGUAAUGAAUAAAGUUACUCGAACUUUGAUUUUAUUGCUCUUCAUAAUAUCAGUGAAGAAUAAAGUUUGUCCCCUCCCAGAAUUUUUAAGUUUAAAAUUAUCCAAAAAAAAUCGUUAUACUAGGCAUAGGAAGCCUGACUUAUAAAAUGUGAAACAUUGUUCUUAGAAAUUGCAAGAUAUGCAACUCAGAAACAUAAAUGCCACUAGUUACCUGUAAAAUCAACAUGCACUGCCACAAGGUCUGGUGAUGUAGACACCCCUGCAGGGGAAUUGAGAGGAAGCAUGUUGCUGAAACACUGAAAACUAGUACUGUGACCAAAUAGUCCAUGCUUACCCAAUGCUGAAGAUGUGAUAAAAUAUAUAGGUCAAGGUCGUAGGUCUUGGCAAGUGUAUUGAGCACAUGAUACUGACUAGUUUGGAGAAUUUUCCCCUCACCUGUAUGACAAUAUUUCUUUGGGCUUUCAGCAAGAUCACCAUGGCAUACCAUGUCAUCAAAUGCUUUGCUUGUAAUUAAAGUUUUCCG